CCACUAUAAAAAUCAUCUCUUGCUAUAGUUUGUCAAUUGGUCUUCUCUAUCAGUCCUUUUUGCUUGAUAUAACACCAGUCUAUUGCCAAUUAACAUAUUAGGUUUCAGAAAUGGCAACUUCUUUUUCUUUUCCUCAAGAGGAGGAGAAAAUCUUAAAAUUUUGGAAUGAAAUUGAUGCUUUUCAAACCUCAAAUAAACUACGUGAAAACCAAUCUGUUUUCACCUUUUAUGAUGGUCCACCUUUUGCAACUGGUUUGCCUCAUUAUGGUCAUAUUCUAGCUUCAACUGUCAAGGAUAUAGUGCCUAGAUUCGCUAAUAUGAAUGGUAGUUUUGUCGAAAGAAGAUUUGGCUGGGAUACUCAUGGUGUUCCUGUUGAACAUGAAAUUGACAAGAAAUUGGGAAUUAAAGAUAAAACUGAUGUCAUGAAAUUAGGAAUCAAGAACUAUAACAGCGAAUGUAGAAAAAUUGUUAUGAGAUAUGCAAAAGAAUGGAAAAUAACAAUUUCAAGACUAGGCAGAUGGAUUGAUUUCGAAAAUGAUUAUAAAACUUUAUAUCCAACUUUUAUGGAGUCAACUUGGUGGCUUUUUAAACAAUUGUAUGAAAGCGAUAAAGUUUACAGAGGAUAUAGAGUUAUGCCUUACUCAACUGGUUUAACAACUCCAUUAUCAACUUUUGAAGCUCAACAAAACUAUAAAGAGGUUUUAGAUCCUGCCAUAACUAUUUCUUUCCCAUUGCUUGACGACCCAAAAGUUUCUCUUCUUGCCUGGACAACAACUCCUUGGACUCUACCUUCCAAUUUGGCUGUCUGUAUCAACUCAGAAUUUGAAUAUGUCAAGAUUUAUGAUGAAAAGAGAGACCAGUAUUUCAUCUUAUUGGAAUCUUUAAUUACCACCUUAUACAAGAAACCAAAGAAGGAAAAAUUCAAGAUUGUGGAAAAAAUCAAGGGCAAGGAUUUAGUUGGUUUGAAGUACAAGCCUUUAUUUGAUUACUUUUAUGAUGAAUUCAAAGAUUAUGGUUUUAAAGUCAUCUCAGCAGACUAUGUUUCUAACGAAAGUGGUACCGGUUUGGUUCAUCAAGCUCCUGCUCAUGGUGAAGAUGAUUUCCUUGCUUGUACUGCUCAUGGAAUCAUCAAUGAAUUUAGAUCUCCUCCUUGUCCAUUAGAUGACUUGGGUUGUUUUACUGACGAAGUUACAGAUUUUAAAGGUUUAUAUAUUAAAGAUGCCAAUAAACUAAUCAUUAAACAUUUGCUCAACCAAAACAGAAUCCUUGUCAAUAAUCAAGUUACACAUAAAUAUGCCUUUUGUUGGAGAUCAGACACUCCUUUAAUUAAUAGAACCAUUCCUGCUUGGUUUAUUAAAGUUAAAGAAAUCGUUCCUGAAAUGUUAUCAAAUGUUGAAAAAACUAAUUGGGUUCCUGAAACAGUCAAAAAUAGAUUCACUCAAUGGAUUAAAAAUGCAAGAGAUUGGAAUUUUUCAAGAUCAAGAUAUUGGGGUACUCCAAUUCCUUUAUGGGUUAGUGAGGAUUUUGAAGAGGUUGUUUGUGUUGGCUCAAUUGAAGAAUUACAAAGAUUAAGUGGUGUUUCUAAUAUUACAGAUAUUCACAGAGACAAUAUUGAUCACAUUACUAUUCCAUCUAAACAAGGAAAGGGUGAUUUGCACCGUAUUGAAGAAGUCUUUGAUUGUUGGUUUGAAUCUGGUGCUAUGCCUUAUGCUUCUCAACACUAUCCUUUUGAAAAUAAACAAGACUUUUCCAAAAAAUUCCCUGCUAAUUUCAUCUCAGAAGGUUUAGAUCAAACAAGAGGUUGGUUCUAUACUUUGACUGUUUUAGCUACUCACUUAUUCAAAACAGCUCCUUAUAAAAACGUUAUUGUGAGUGGUAUAGUUUUAGCUGCAGACGGUAAAAAAAUGUCAAAAAGACUUAAAAACUACCCUGAUCCAACUCUUAUAUUAGAUAAAUAUGGUGCAGAUGCUUUGAGAUUGUAUUUAAUCAAUUCGCCAGUCUUAAAAGCCGAAACUUUAAGAUUUGAAGAAGAUGGUGUUAAGGAAGUUGUUUCAAAGGUUUUAUUACCUUGGUUGAACUCCUUCAAAUUCUUAGAUGGCUCAGUUUCUUUGUUGAAGAAAAACGGUUUGAAUUUUAAACACGAUUCAACUGUUACUAGUGAUAAUGUCAUGGAUAAAUGGAUUAUUUCAAAAUUACAAACCUUGUUAAAAUUUAUUCAUCAAGAAAUGAAUUCCUAUAGAUUGUAUACUGUUGUCCCAAGUUUAUUAGAAUUGAUUGAUGACUUGACCAAUUGGUAUAUCAGAUUUAAUAGAAGAAGAUUAAAAGGUGAAAAUGGCUUUGAAGAAUCAAUAAAUUCAUUAAACACCUUGUCUGAAGCUUUAUUAACUUUGGUCAGAAGUAUGGCUCCUUUCACUCCAUUUUUGUCAGAUAACCUUUACCAACAAAUGAAAUAUUUGUUUACCGAUGAAUACUUGAGAUCAAUAACAAAAGAUUCAAGAUCUGUUCAUUUCCUUGAUUAUCCAAAAGUUAAUGCUAGAUUGUCCAAUUUAAAAAUCGAAAGGGCAGUCGGCCGUAUGCAAAAAGUUAUUGAGUUAGGUAGAAGCAUCAGAGAUAAAAAAACUAUUUCAUUAAAGACACCUUUAAAAUCAUUAGUUAUUUUGGCAGAUGAAAAAUACUUGAAAGAUGUUGAAUCAUUGGAACAAUAUAUUAUUGAAGAAUUGAAUAUUCAUAAUGUCAUUAUUACAACAGAUGAGAGUAAGUAUGGUGUUGAAUAUACUGCAGUUGCAGACUGGCCAGUAUUAGGAAAGAAAUUGAAAAAAGAAGUUAAGAAAGUUAAAGAUGCAUUGCCAAAUUUAACAUCCGAAGAAGUUAAACAAUACCAAGAAAUCGGAAAAAUCGUUGUAAAUGGUAUUAAAUUAGUUGAAGGAGACUUGAAAGUAGUCAGAGGAUUGCCUGAGUCUAAAACAAAUGAUGGACAGGAAGUCAGAGCUGAAAAGGAAGUGUUGAUUAUUUUAGAUACCAAGUUAUACCCAGAACUAUUGACAGAAAGUGUUGCAAGACAAUUAGUCAACAGAAUUCAAAAAUUAAGAAAGAAAUAUGGAUUUCAAGCAACAGAUGAUGUACUUGUUGAAUAUGAAAUUAAAAACGAGGAUAGUGUUGGAUUAGAAGAGGCUGUAUCCAAGCAUCUCUCGUUGUUUGGUAAAUGUUGUAGAGAUAUUAAAUUGCAAACUAUAACAGACAACACUGUCAGUGAAGAGCAAGAAAUUAAUGAUACUACAUUUAAGCUUUCUUUAGUGAAGUUAUAAUUUGAUUAGAUUAUACAAUAUAGGAUAUAAGUGUUUUAAUUUUAUAUCGAUUAAUAGAUAAGUUAUAUUUUGAUUCA